UGACAUCAUCCAUAAACACUUUUGACAUCAUCUGGUGUGCAUGUUUUUGACUACAAAUCAUAGAAACCUGUCGUUUUCACAUACGGUGGGGUCCGGAAUUAUUGGGUCCGUUGAUAAAGAAGAGCAAAAAAUACUAAAAUAAAUAAAGAUUUGGAGGAAGCAGGCAUCACAUGCAAAUCGAGCGCGCUACCAUUUGCGCUAAUCCCCGUUUUUACUACAGCAAUUACAAAGCAUAUUCCAUUUCACUGGCACUGCCUAGUCAUAGAUGGAAAGUAAAGAUUUGAAGGAAGUAGGCAUUGACCCACUACCGCUCAUGGAAACAAUGGAGGAUGCGGGCAUCGAUCCCGCUACCUCUCGCAUGCUAAGCGAGCGCUCUACCAUUUGAGCUAAUCCCCCUACAAGCGGUAUGUGAGUUAUUGUGAUGUCAUUCUCCACAUCUGUGCUACAUUGAAAUGAUUCCGGCGGAAGUUUAGUGGCGAGGCCCUGUCCACAAAGAAAUGGCGAGUGGAGUCGGGAAACACAAGAGGCUGUCCGUUGGCCCGACGGAGCCGUGGUCAUUGAGGGAGAAACUAUGCCUAGCUUCCUCUGUUAUGAGGAGCGGUGACCAAAACUGGGUGUCAGUCAGCAGAGCCAUCAAGCCUUUCUCAGAGCCAGGCCGCCCUCCAGACUGGUUCUCCCAGAAGCACUGUGCCUCUCAGUAUUCUGAGCUGCUGGAGACCACAGAGGCUCCAAAGCGUAAGCGUGGGGAGAAGGGUGAGGUGGUGGAGACCAUCGAGGAUGUGAUCGUACGGAGACUCACCGCCGAGAGGAUAGAGGAGCUGAAAAAACUACUGAGAGACACACAGGACAAAUACAGAAAGCUGAAGAAGGAGGUGGAUCUGAUCCAGACAGGACAUCUGGACUCACGGCUAGAGGAGCUGUGGACAGACAUAACACAGAAAAAUAAGCAGGAUGAGGAUGAGGCAGAUCUUAAGAGGAAGGCCACAGAGACAUCCUAUCAGGCUCGCCAAACGGUUAAGAACACGCCCAAGCGGGUGUCCAGUGUCACUAUACGCUCCCCUCUGGGUGCCAGUCCCACGAGCAUGGAGGGGGCACAGACAGACACCCCCACACCCCCAAUAGAUACAGCCAUGCCCCAGGCAGAGGAGACCCCUGGUGCCAAUUUGUCCCAGGGGGGAGCCGUGUUCCUACCGUCGUCGGAUGCGGGGCCUAAGGAGGGAAGCCUGGGGUCUCUGGUAGAUGACUCCCCACAGAAGAGGCUCCUCAGUCAGAAGUCCACGCCGCCUCCCUCCCCUCUCCUCUCAGAGCUACUGAAGAAAGGAAGCCUGAUCUCUGCUAGCCCCAGACUGGUAGUGGAGGGGGAUGCUGCAGGACUGGCUAACGGAGGAGUUCCUACUACAACCCCCGCUAUCACAGCAGACUUUGAGGUCGCCAUCGCAGUCAAAGAGGCAGGCUCAGAGGUGAUGGAGGAGGACCAUGUACCUGGUUCCUAUAUGGGGGAUGAGCUGGACCUGGAGACAGUAGGAGAUAUCAUCUCCAUCAUAGAGGAGAAGGUGGAUGACUCUGUGGAGGCUCUAGAUGCUGCAGCAGUGGAGGCUGCUCUCUCUCUGUGUGAGGAGGCUGUUUCUGCUGGCCACUCCCUCUCAGGUCCAUGGGAGGCCCAGGACUUGAAGGCCUCAGAGCCUGGUCCUAUGGUUCAGUCUGACCCCACACAUGGGCUUCAGGCUGCGGCUGGAGCUAACCCUGGGAGCCUGGAGCCACAGACAGAGAGUGGAAGGGGGGAAGCCGAAGAGGGGAACGGGAAGGACUGUGAGGGACAAGAAACAGUGCAGACAAACGUGGCCCCUUCUGUUGUCGCUGAUGAUGGCCUGUCAGGAAGCGAGGUCACAGAGGAGGGAGUUCUGGGGGAGGAAGGAGCCCUGAGCACAGCUGUGAAGACUGAAAAUGAGGAAUGGACCCAGCCAGAACUAAACACACCCUGCCUAGACUCAGAAGACAGCUCUGGAUCAGGGAAAGAGUCCAAGGAAGUGAAGGUUGAGGAUGGAGGGAGCGACGGGGAUCCUGAUGAAGGAAUGGAGAUGAAGGAAUGUGGAGAGGGGGAGGGGCCCUACCUAUCAGAAGUAGAACCGGCAGCCAGUGAGAGCGAGGACGGCUAUGGCCCCUCCUCCCAACGCUACACCACAGCUGAUUCGCUAGCCAGCAGCCCCGCCUCUUCCCAGUUUUCAAUAUGUGGAGAGGAUCAGGAGGCUGUUCAGGCUCAGAAGAUCUGGAAGAAAGCCAUCAUGCUGGUGUGGAGAGCAGCAGCCAAUCACAGGUACGCCAGUGUGUUCCUUCAGUCUGUGUCUGAAGACAUCGCCCCUGGUUACCACAGCAUUGUACACAGACCCAUGGAUCUGUCGGCCAUCAAGAAGAGUAUCGAGGCGGGUCAGAUCCGUACGACAGCAGAGUUCCAGCGUGACAUCAUGCUGAUGUUCCAGAACGCGGUGAUGUACAACAGCUCUGACCACGACGUGUUCCACAUGGCCCUGGAGAUGCAGAGAGAUGUUCUAGAACAUGUGCAGCAGUUCCUGGCCACUCAGCUCAUCAUGCAAACCUCAGAGUCCUCCAUCUCCACCAAGAGCCUCAGAGGCCGCGAGGGGGGCCGCAAGCCAGGGGAGUGCGUGGAGAAGGACAGUGUCCCAAUGGCCUCUCCCGCUUUCCUUCUCUCUCUCUUUGAUGGGGGCACCAGAGGGCGCCGCUGUGCUAUUGAAGCAGACAUGAAGAUGAAGAAAUGACCAGAGUCAAAAGGCAGGUGGACAAUAGAUUGCCAACAGGCCAUAGGGCUGGAGGUUUAAAGAGAGACUUGAUGCAGGGCUGCAGUCCUCUGGUAUUCUCCUCUCCAGGCCAUUUCUGAUUGAUCAUUGUGUACCAUAGUUGUGUACAGUUUAAUUAACUAACUUAAGUCUAUGAUUGUAUUUAAAGCCAGUACACUAGAUAUCCAGACAUCAUAUGAUUCUCAUUGAUAUUUGCCACUGGUAAACAGCAGACACUGCAGCCCUGGAGGACUGAAUCUGUUUUACAACUGCAGUAGUACUAAAGUACUAGUGACUGACUUGGGGCCCUGUUGUUUUGUGUAUAGGAUGUAGCCAACUGCAAAAUAUCCUUCAAGGAAUCAUGAUCCCACUGUUCACAAACUGGUUGGUUGAAUCAACAUUGUUUCACUAUAAUUUGUCAAUGUAUUGUAACGUAGGGAAAAAAAGUUACAUUCCUCCACAAAUAAGUCCCCAAUCAAUACUUUCCAUUGCCUAACGGCAUCAGAACAUCAAGAUGAGAUGUAUUUAGAGUUUUGUACUGAACAAAAAUAUAAACGCAACAUGCAACAAUUCCCAACCCACACGGUCCCGCAGGUCUGGUGAAGAAGUUGUAUGUGGAGGUCCUGGGCUGACGUGGUUAUACAUGAUCUGUGUAACCACGGUUGUACUGCCAUAUUCUCUAAAAUGAUGUUGGAGGUGGCUUAUGGUAGAGACAUUCAGCUCUGGUGGACAUUCCUGCAGUCAGCAUGCCAAUUGCGCGCUCGAUCAGCACUUGAGACAUCUGUGGCAUUGUGUUGUGAUAAAACAGCACAUUUUAUAGUGGCCUUUUAUUGUCCCCAGCACAAGGUGCACCUGUGUAUUGAUUGUGCUGUUUAAUCAGUUUCUUGAUAUGCCACACCUGUCAGGUGGAUGGAACAGCUUGGAAAUGAGAAAUGCUCACUAACAGGGAUGUAAACACAUUUGUGCACAACAUUUGAGAGAAAGAAGCUUUUUGUGGGUAUGGAACAUUUCUGGGAUCUUUUAUUUCAGUUCAUGGGACCAACACUUUACAUGUUGCGCUUAUAUUUUUUGUUCAGUAUAUUUGGAAAAUACCAUAGGAAUGAAGAGAAUAGGCUUGGAACCUCUAACCCUGGCAAUUAAUUAACUGGUUAACUCAUGCGUACACUCGCAAUGGCUGCCUGGUAUUGUGAUGCAAUAAUUGCCAUGGUAUUUUGGAAGGUUCUAUCAACUGAUGCUGGAUUGCCAUGAGGAUGUAGAAUGUUCAUUCAAAUGAUGCUGGAUUGCCAUGAGGAUGUAGAAUGUUCAUUCAAAUGAUGCUGGAUUGCCAUGAGGAUGUAGAAUGUUCAUUCAAAUGAUGCUGGAUUGCCAUGGUAAUGUAGAAUGUUCAUUCAAAUGAUGCUAACUAAUGUGGCUCAUGGAAUGCCAUUUUUUAAUAUCAAUUGAGUUGACUUAACAAAUCACAGCACAGAUUGAAAGGUAAACUUCCUGUUUUUACUUCCUGGCAUGGGUACACUCAAUGGCUGCCAGUCCACCCAUUAUGCCAUCAUUGACUUGAAUGGUGACGCCCUUUCUAUUCAUUCUUAUUUCUAUGGAAAAUACAUUGGAUUUGCAAAAAGUAAUCAACUGUUGUUUUGAGGGUGAAUUUUCAACCACAGAAUUAUGUAAUCAUGGUAAACAAUUUUGCACAUAGAUAAACCAUGUAUAAAAUCUG